ACGUGGGACAAUCGAAAAACAAUUAUUUUAUACCUAGAAAGGCAGAAGUUGUAGCCGCCUUCGCUCUACUGUCUCCCUCUCGCCCCUGGACAUCACCAUUCCUGAGCAGUGAGUGAGAUAGAGAGAGUAUGAAGAGAAAAAAUACUAGAUUGAUGAAAGAAUAUUUGUACAGAAAGAGCUUAGAAGGCAAAGAACGCCUUCUCUACGAGAACAAGCGCAAGAUUAGGGAAGCUCUGCAAGAGGGUAAACCGAUUCCCACUGAGCUUCGGAAUGAAGAGGCGGAGCUUCGUCGAGAAAUCGAUCUCGAAGAUGAGAACACUGCUGUCCCAAGGACACAUAUCGACGAUGAGUACGCAAAAGCAGCAGAAAGAGAUCCCAAGAUUUUGAUAACUACUUCCCGGAAUCCAAGUGCUCCUCUAGUACAAUUUGCAAAGGAACUGAAACUUGUUUUUCCUAAUGCACAACAAAUGAACCGUGGUGGUCAGGUUAUUUCUGAAAUUAUUGAAACUUGCCGUGCACAUGAUUUUACAGAUGUUGUUUUGGUUCAUGAAAAUCGUGGCAUACCUGAUGGUUUGUUUAUAACCCACCUUCCUUUUGGUCCAACGGCUUUUUUCGAACUGCGCAAUGUGGUUACAAGACAUGACAUCAAGGACAAGAAAGCUAUGGGAACCAUGCCGCAGGUUUAUCCACAUGUGAUUCUUGACAAUUUCACGACUAAGUUGGGUGAGAGAACAGCAAAUAUUUUGAAGCAUCUCUUUCCAGUGCCAAAGCCAGAAACAAAGCGCAUAAUCACUUUCGCCAAUCAGUCAGACUAUAUUUCAUUCAGGCAUCAUACUUAUGAGAAGCAUGGAGGUCCUAAAUCCAUCGUUCUGGAGGAGAUUGGUCCUCGGUUUGAAAUGAGGCUUUUCAAGAUAAAGUUGGGAACACUGGAUCAGACUGAAGCCCAGGAUGAAUGGGUCUUCAAGCCAUACAUGAACACAGCGAAGAAACAGAAGUUUAUAGGGACUUGAUGUGACUCGAUAAACGUUUUGGUGUGGUCAUAACACUGUCAUGUGGCGUUACUGAUUCAUGUAAAAACACAUAAUUUUGCUUUUAUUAAUAUAAUAUCGUCUACUCAUAUUAUAAUAUGUGAAUUUGUAACAUGAUGUGAAACGUGUAAAAAA